AUGCGAGUCCAACGGUUGACCAUCUUGCUUGCGAUCGCCGCCUUCGCGUUCUUGUCCUUGCUGUUGCUGCGACCCUCGGAAGUCCCCGAGGAGCCAGUAGUCCUGCCUCCCCCCGAGCCGAUCAAGCACCCCAAGCUCCAUCCCGGUCAGAAAACAUUCCCUCCCGAGAAGGAACACCCGAUCUCGCGCUUGAUCGAGACUGCGGGGGAGCAGUUCGAGCAUGCACGCAAACGACAGUCGAAGACCCUCGCCGAGGCGGUGCAGGAAUACAAGCGUCGCUACAAAAUGCACCCACCGCCGCAUUUCGACAAGUGGUUCGAGUUCGCCAAGUCGAGGGAUGUGCAGCUUAUCGACGAGUUCGACUCCAUCUACGACUCCCUGUUGCCGUUCUGGGGCCUAAAGCCCCAGACGAUUCGCGAACGCGCGCGGGAGACGCUGGGUUUUGAGAACUCGGUGAUUGGGGUCUUGAUUCGAGACGGCAAAGUGUCGAUGACGGGCGGGGGUGGUGAUGGGGAUAAAUGGCAGCGAGACGCCACGGCGGGCAUGGUCGAGGAUUUUGUGAAAUACUUGCCGGACAUGGAUCUGGUGUUCAACACUCACGACGAGCCACGCGUGAUUGUCCCCAGUGAAGAUCUCCAGCGGCUGGUGCAGACGGCCAAAGAUUAUAUCAUUCCGGCGGCGUUCAAGAAACAAAACCCGAUAAGGACUUGGUCCCCUCGCCCUUCGGAUCUCAACAAAGGCGACCGCUUCGAAGAGGUGCGCACCACCCGUUUCAACCGCUUUGCACACCAGCCUACCUGGACGCAUUCCCGCAUCUCUUGCCCCCUUGAUAGCUCCGCUCGCUCGCUCGACGAGGAUUCCCCGGACAACUCCGAUUCCUAUGCCUACGGUGAGCUAGGAUUCAUCUACAACACCUCGGCCUUCUCCGAUAUCUGCAAUACCCCUUCUCUCCGCUACAGCUAUGGAUUCUUUGACCGGCCCAAUGCCUUCGAUAUUGUUCAUGAUUUAUUCCCUGUCUUUUCGCAGAGUAAGAUCUCCAGCUUCCAGGACAUCUUAUACCCGAGUCCCUGGUACUGGGUGAAAAAGGUCCCGUACGAGAAGAACAAGGAUGUGCCUUGGGACUCCAAGUCAAGCAAAAUGUACUGGCGUGGCUCCACCACAGGCGGAUUCUCGCGAGCGGGUGGCUGGCGACGUCAGCACCGACAGCAGUUUGUUGACGCGGCCAACUCGUUGGACUCAACCAAGAUUAUGACCCGACAGGCCGACAAGACCUGGAUCUCGCAGGAGGUCCGCCGGGAGACUUUCCGCGACGUCUUUGACGUCAAGUUCACCUAUAUCGGCCAGUGCGACCCGGAUGAUUGCCAUGCGCAGACCGAGUACUUUGGCGUAGUGGAACCAGCUGGGCAGCAGGAUGCCUGGAAUCACAAGUACCUGGUGGAUGUGGACGGCAACGCCUUCAGCGGACGGUACCACGCGUUCCUGCUAAGUAAUAGCUUUGUCUACAAGAUCGCCAUUUUCCGUGAAUGGCACGAUGAAUGGUUGAAGCCGUGGGUUCACUAUGUUCCUCUCAGCCUGCAAGGCCACGAGCACGUGGAGAGCAUGCGCUAUUUUUUAUCCGAAGACGAGGGCAAGAAGGCCGCGCCCCGGAUUGCGGCUCAGGGCCAACGCUGGGCGCAGAAAGUCCUGCGAGAAGAGGACCUGGAGGUUUGGUUCUUCCGACUACUACUCGAAUAUGGACGUUUGGUGGACGACAACCGAGACCAACUCGGCUUCUCUCUCUAA